UGCAUACAACACAAAAGCAAGUCUCGGAACAAUACAAAAUAAAUAAAAACAAAAUGUUACUUAAACUAUUAACAAUCCUAGUAAUCAUACAAGAAGGAGUGCUAGCGAAAAAUUGCAAAUUAACUUCUGAUGAUAUGGAUAAAAAAUGGAUUUUUGCUACGAGACCCACACGUACAACCUGGGAUGUUUUACAUACUGAUAAUAUAAAAGAUCAAUCAACAUUAUAUUUGGUAUGUAAAUCAAUGACCAGGGUUAGACAAAUAUUGUGUAAAAAUGGUAAAUUGGUAGAGAAAAAGACACCCAAAUUUAAAUGUCCUGGACGCAUUAAAGCAGAUGUUGCAUUGCAACCCGUACAAAAUUCAUGUCGACGCAUGGGUGGUGAUAUGUAUGAAGUCCGUUACACUCUACCAGGAAAAAACAUAAUACCGCUCUACGAAGUCUGCUAUAGUAAAAGAAAUGAACAGGCUUUGUAUUCAAUUCACAAAUCAUAUGGUUUUAAUUUAGCUGCCUCAACUUAUAAGAGACCAUCAGUAUUUAAAAAAGACAAUAUAGUGUCAAGAGAACGUGAACUUUCCUUUCAAGCUGCAAAUAUAUAUAAUUCAUUUGUUCGAUUAUUGGGUGACAAGCAAAAGUAUGUAGCCGAUAAUACAACAUUGGUAUUGGAACGUGGCCAUUUAGUUAAUUCUCAAGACUUUCCCACUUACGAUCAAAUGGAUGAAACAUUUAAGUACGUUAAUGUUAUGCCACAAUUUCGUGGCAGUAAUCGUAGGAACUGGAAACGUAUCGAAAACUGGAUUCACAAUUUACCAGCUCGAAAUAGAUAUGCUGUAGUUGUUACCGGAUCAUUCGAUAUUCUAAGUUUAACGCAUUCCACAAGUAAAGUAAAUAUUCCCAUGUACUUAAUGCCCAACAACAAGAAUCCCAUACCCUUGUGGACCUAUAAAGUGGUUAAAUAUGCUAAUAUGUGCUAUGCUUUCGUUACAUUAAACAAUGACUAUAAUAAAAAUGUUAAAAUUAGUACAUACUACUGUCGCAGCGUUGCAUGUCCAAGGGGUUUGACAUUCAAUUCGGAACCUGAUAGUGGCGUUUCAUAUUGCUGCAAUUAUAAUCAAUUUGUACGUAGUAUUGGACGACAUGCUGCUUUGUGUUAAAUGCGGUUGAUUCAUUUAUUAAAAAUCUGUUACAAUUUUAAACAAUAUAUUUGAACAGUAUACUGGGUAUUGACAAACAAAAUUGUUUUUUACCUGUAUGAAAAAAUUAAAAAAAUAAAAAAUUUUAAUUUUUAAGUGAAAAUUUUGUUUAACUAAAAAUAUUUAAAAUUUUUUCAUGAUGUAUAAUAUUUUUCCAUCUGUUUAUAACAUAAUUCACUGAUUUUAUCAGAAAAAAUUAAUUAAUUGAAUACAAUUUUCUAAAUUAAUUUUACACAUUUUUUAACCAACAGCCAAAUUUAUAUUUAAAAACUUAAUUAAUCAAUUAAAACUUGUAAUAAAAUUCACAUAAUCACAUUUUUAAAAUUCAUACACAUUUUUCAU